AUGCUUGCACGUUUUUUCCUGGAUAACUAUCUCGACUUGAAAGUGGACCUCAACCGGGUGCUCUUCAUCUGCCCGGCCAACCAACUGGAUACCGUUCCGGAUCCGUUGCGCGACAGAAUGGAGAUGACUGAAGUCACCGUUUAUAUGGCCGAAGGUAAGAUGACCAUUGCAUAUUAA